AGUCGCUCGACGGCCGCGGUACGAAUAUCGCGCUCUCGUCUAAGCGGAACAUUUUGGAACGCAACAGUUGUGUACCGUUCAAAAGUUUAAACUGUGCUAUGGUGGUGUUUUGAUUUGAAUUCGGAACAUUUUUAUCGUUUAAUUUGUGACGUGAAGAGUUAUACAGAUUUCGUUUUUAAAUUUAUAAUUCUUUUAAUUUUUUUAAAAUUUUACGUUUUUAUAUUGAACUUGACCUUACAGUCUUCAAGUGAAUGAAAGUGCGUAUUGAUAAGGUGGCGUUGGCAGUAAUUCCAGCGUUUCCGUGUCAGCUCAGGCGGAUAUAGCACAUUCGGGCAAAGGCUACGAGUCAGAGGAUGAGAACGUCAGCAGAAACAGGCAGAGGGCCAUCGAGGAACGGCCAGCUGGGAAAAUCAACAUGUACUCGAAACAGGAAUUCCGGGAGCAGUACUGCAUCAACACCAAACAACUGGAUCUGCUGGAAUUGGAGAAGUCCAAGAAGGAGCGAUUCCUCGGAUGCCUCUCUCAGUACCAUAUUGAGAGUCCCUGCUCCAGAACCAAUAGAUCAUCAUUUCUGUCCGUGUGCGUCCGUCGUAGAGUGCCCUCAGAUGAAAAUCUCAACUCCGAUUAUGCCCCAAUACAGAGAUAUCCAAGGUUUAGCCAGCCCACACCCGCCCCACCCGAGUUGUCUGCACACGAUGCCGACCUGGAAUGCUCAUACUUUCGCCGCCGUCCACGCUCCGUGUGUAGCCAGCCUGACCCCAAGAGGUACACCUGGAUGCCAGAGGAUGAAGACUUCACCCGGCUGGAGUGGUCACCAUCGGUAAUAGAAGAUGCCGCGGGAUGGCCGCAGAACUACAGCGCCGACAAAAUGGCGUCUGUAACUCGCGGAGGCUCGCUACCAAGACCACCGUCAUUGUUACCUUGUCCUGCACAUCCGCCGAUACCUCCGCCUCCACCGCCACCACCUCUCACAAUGCCACCAAGAACAAAACACGUGUCCUUUGCUCGUUCACACACGCUGACAACAUUUGACGACUCAGUAAUGCCUGCCGCUGUCAAUAGAUUUCGAAGGGACUGUGAAAGGCUAUUGGAUGGAAGAACAGCUGUCAAACCGGAAAAUAAACCAUAUUCCACACUUCCAGUAAUAUUCCAACCAUACCCUCCAUAUCCUCAAUACAUAGCAACAGCUGGACCAACUCCUAUACAUUAUCCAGGUCAAAUUCCUCCAAUGGCAACACCUAUCCAAUCCCAGAUGCAGACACAGAUAAGUGGCCCAAUGACUACUCAGCUGCCAUCACAGAUAAAUCCACAGUUACCUCCACAGCAAACAACUCAACGACCAAUGCAAGCAGAGCCAAAAGUUUUAGUUUUAGAUAAAAAAGGAGUCAUGAGGACUCAAGCUACACAAACCGAAGUAUGUUUAGGAAGGAAACCAUUACCACCUAAUUAUUUAUCUUUGAGUCCGAGAACAAUUAAAAGGGUAAAAAUGGUUGCUGCAGGUGUACAGACCAAUGGUUUUACGGUAGGAGCUAGAAGACUUACAAAAUCAUUUUCAGAAGUUGGUGGUGACCGAUUAGCGGGUCUCGAUGCUACAAAUGAUAUCAAUGCAACAGUAGAAAGUUUUAUCAAUAAUGACCAUGAAAAACUACAUAGGACUCAAUCUGAGGAACCACCAAAGUCACCUAGAUCACCUACUUCAACAAUACCGCUCUCACCUCUCAUGCAAAGAAUGGACUCUGAUGAGGUUACUUCUUCAUCCGUCAAAUCUAACGCUUCAUCACAAUUAGAUAAAUCGUCAGAACUGAGUGCAUUACAAAGACAAGCACAAGAAUAUUUCCAACAAAAUUUUCAAUUUAUUCAUGAAAGUGAUCGAGAUGACACAAUCGACGAUGAUAUGGAAACAAUAGAAAAGAGCAUGGCAUUAAAUAGAAGAAAUUUAGAAUAUUUACAACAAGAAAUAGCUAAACAAGCUAAGGGUGAAAGGUCACUUCGAUCAAUAUUAUCUAAAAGCACAAGUGAUGCUUCACAGAAAACAAUGAAUUUAUCGCAUCCUUUUUCCAAAACUCCUACGUUUCAGUCAGAUCCUUCAACCGAAACUUCAGCUACAACGACAGAUGAUAGUGAAAAGAAUGAAAAAGAAAUUAUAAUAGACUUUGAACCUAGACCCGACGACGAGGCAAUACCAUUUACCACGUUAAAAAGAAAAAAUAAAAGAACUUUACAAAAAACUUUAUCAGAAGGGGAAAUUCUUUUAGAUGUACGGAAAUCCGAAGUCGGUUCAGGUAGCGACAGUGUAAAAGACGCUCCCAUUGUCAUGUCCACAAGCCAAGAAAAUAUGACAAGAGAAGACAGAGAACGCGAGGCAAUGUAUAGACAAUACAUUGGACAAAACUACACGCAAACGCCAAUCAAAGACGAAGGCAUUUUUGCUUUUGAACCUGAUGGGUCGUUUAGCACUGCCAAAUCAAGUCCGGGUUCUCCUGAACCAGUGAGUUUAGAUAUUAACGUUCAACAAAAGGCUAAAAAAACUAAAAUUUCAAAUAAUCUUACCACUAUAUUAACCCCCCUGGACAAAGCAUCGCCAUGUGCUUCAAAUGAAUCACUGACAGUUGAUCAUAGCAGAGAUCAUUCGGAUGGUUUGUGGAACGAAUCGCAAACGACGGUUUUACAAAUCGAUUCGGGAACUGAGAAUGGAACGGUUAUAAGCUCAUCAGAUCUUAGUUCUUUAGCAGCAUCACCUGGUGCAUUAGCAUUACUUACUCCAACAUCUAGAAGAAAACAACUUCUUUUAUUACAACAUCAACAAAGAUCAUCACUUGAUACAGAUGUUUUAGAUGAAGAAUUUGAUGCAUCUCAGGUACCUAGAAAAAUAUUGGAAGACCCAUUUUUAUUAAUUUAA